UUUAUUUGUCUUAUCGACGCAGCCACUCAUCAUGCAGGCAUUUCACCAUUCUUGGUAAUCUAAAUAUCACUCUGAUUCGCGUUUUUUCGAUCGUAAUGAAGGUCAACAAUUAAUUGUACUGCGUUCUACAGGCUGAAUUGGUAAAGAAUUCAAGACAUAAUCAUGAGAUCAGUCUCAGUUCAGAAGCUUACCCAGUUGCAGAGUAAUGUAGACAAGAUCAGAAACAUCUGUAUCUUGGCACACGUUGAUCAUGGCAAAACCACCCUUGCUGAUGCUCUUAUCUCCAGCAAUGGAAUCAUCUCCACUCGUAUGGCUGGCAAGCUGAGGUACAUGGAUAGUCGUGAAGAUGAGCAGCUUCGAGGCAUUACCAUGAAGUCUAGUGCCAUCUCUCUCCUCUAUAGCAAUACUCCAGAAGAGGAAUACCUGGUGAAUCUGAUUGACUCCCCUGGACAUGUGGAUUUUUCGAGCGAGGUUUCUACUGCUGUCCGUCUGUGUGAGGGAGCCCUAGUGGUCAUCGAUGUUGUGGAAGGAGUCUGCCCCCAGACCCAUGUUGUCUUACGACAAGCCUGGUUAGAGCACAUCAAACCAUGCCUGGUCCUGAAUAAGAUUGACCGGUUGAUCAGUGAGCUCAAGUACACACCGAUGGAAGCACAUCUUCACCUGCAGCAGGUCUUGGAGCAGGUCAAUGCUGUCGUAGGAAACCUCUAUGCUUCACAUGUCCUUGAGAAGACUUCAAGUAAAACUGAAGACUCCGUCCAGACAAAAGAAGAAGUGAGUGGUGGAGAUGCUAAGGAAGGAGAGGAGCAGGUUUAUGAUUGGAGCGAUGGAUUAGAGGACACCGAUGACUCUCAUAUCUACUUCUCACCAGACCAGGGCAAUGUGAUCUUUGCCAGUGCCUUGGAUGGCUGGGGUUUCAGCAUUAACCAUUUUGCUGAGAUGUAUGCAAGCAAAUUAGGUGUGAGAGCGGACGUCCUUCGUAAGACUCUGUGGGGAGAUUUUUACCUUCAUACAAAGUCAAAGAGAAUCAUGAAAGGAGCUCAGGCUAAAGCAAAGAAGCCAUUGUUUGUGCAGUUUGUUCUGGAGAACAUAUGGUCACUCUAUGAGACAGUCAUCGUCAGGAAAGAUAAAGAGAAGAUGGAGAAGAUAGUGAAAUCUCUUGGAUUGAAGCUGACCCCACGUGACCUUAGACAUAAUGACACCAAGAUCUGUCUACAGGCCAUCUGUAACCAAUGGUUACCCGUCUCAAAAGCUGUUCUCUCCAUGAUAUGUUCUAAGCUUCCUAGUCCUACUGAUGUUAGUGAGGAGAGAAUAGAGAAACUCAUGUGUAGCAGUGGGCAGAGAUUUGAUUCCCUCCAUCCUGAUUCGCAACAACUCAAGCAAGCUUUUCAGAAGUCGACCUCUGAUGAUGAUGCCCCCGUGAUUGUUUACAUCUCAAAAAUGGUAGUUGUAGAUAGCAGUAUGCUACCACAAAACAGACAGAGACCGCUGACUAGUGCUGAGAUCCAACAGAGGAGAGAUGAAGCGAGGAGGAGGCAUGCAGAGAGACAGGCAGCAGCAGAGCAAGAGAAAGAAGGAGGAGGAGGAGGAGGAGGAAAGAAAGAUGACAAUGCUACUUCUAAAGUUGAAACAUCAGCUCCAGAAAUGCCAGAACCAAUAGACUUGAAGGUAGAGUCAGAAGAAAAGGAGGAGAAAAAGACGGGAGAGAUGUUUCUUGCAUUUGCAAGGGUCUUCAGUGGAACUAUUCGUAAAGGACAGAAACUCUUUGUUCUAGGACCAAGGCAUGAUCCUCAAAAGGCAUUGGCUGAGAUGUCAGAAAAUGGAGGUACUUUGUCUAACAGCAUGGAGUGCAGUCGAUACAUAGCUGAGUUUACAGUGGAUAGUCUAUAUCUUCUGAUGGGAAGAGAACUAGAACUAUUAGAGAAGGUCCCUGCUGGAAACAUAUUGGGUAUUGGAGGCUUAGAUGAGAUGGUGCUGAAGUCAGCGACCGUUUCCAGCAGUCUAGCUUGUCCAGCGUUCACUGAUAUGACCUUUGCUGCCCCACCCAUUGUCAGAGUAGCAGUGGAACCCAAGCAUCUAUCUGAUAUGCAGGCUCUGAUGAAAGGUAUGAAGCUGUUAAACCAAGCUGAUCCCUGUGUAGAGGUGUUUGUACAAGAGACUGGUGAACAUGUUAUCGUGGCUGCUGGUGAAGUACAUCUAGAGAGAUGCCUGGAUGACCUUAGAAAGAGGUUUGCCAAAGUCGAGAUUGAUGUUUCUCCUCCAAUCAUUCCAUUCCGUGAGACCAUCAUCCCGCGACCCAAGAUGGACAUGGUGAACGAGGUCAUAGACGAUAUCAACCAGGUACAUAGAAAGAUCCAAUCCAUGGGAAUUGACACUGAUGACAUCAGGAUAUUAAAGAACGGUUUGGUGGAGAUCAAGACCUCCAAUGAUGCUUGUACCUUCCACAUCAGGGCUGUCCCUCUUCCAGAAGCUGUCACAAGUUUGCUUGAGGAGAACGCAGAGUUGAUCAGGUUACUAGACCACCAUAUUUCAUCGCUGUUGUCUGGGAAGGCGAGCGAUCAAGCAUCAAGCACAGAACUUGCUCCGACGGUGAAAGCCAGUAUGCAGGAACUCAAAUCCAAGCUGGAGGAAGCCUUUAAUGCAGCUGGGAAGAAAUGGAGAGGAUGCCUGGAUGGGAUAUGGGCGUUUGGACCACGCCGAUGCGGACCCAAUAUUCUGGUGAAUAAGAUCGAAGACUACAAGAGGUUAUGUGUGUGGGACUGUUUGGAAAAAGGAGGGCUGAAGGAGGAGUGUGUCCUGAGGGAGUUUGAUAACAGCAUUGGGAGUGGCUUCCAGUUGGCAACCCUCGCAGGACCGAUAUGUGAGGAACCUAUGAUGGGAGUGUGUUUCCUUAUUGAGAAGUGGGAAAUGGACCAGUCCUUGAUGAAUAAAGGCCUUGUGGACAAAGCAAAUCUCAGGACUACCAAGAAACAUGACGUUGAUGUGGUGUCUGCAGGUUAUGGGGCUGAUGUACGUGAGAGCACAGAGAAGGAUGGAUCAACAGAAUCCCGAUUAGAUGAUAACAAAGAUACACAGUGCAAUAGCAGUAGUAAAAUGGCAUCCCAGCCUAGAACUAUAUCCAUCCCCAAAGGAAUACCAACAGGAGGUGUGAACAACCCUGAAGAGACUAGGAUAGGAUCCCUGACAUGUACCUCGCCUCUCUCAUCCCCGAUCCUCUCCUUCUCUCCCCUAGGCUCUCCACCCGCCUUUGGCUCCCCCUUACCCCACAGCCCUCUCCGGGGUUUUCACCCCUACCACAUGCAGCAGCAGGUGGUAUACGGCCCCCUCUCCGGUCAGGUGAUCUCUACCAUCAAGGAGGGAUGUCGUGUAGCCUUCCAGACACAGCCACAGAGACUCAUGGCGGCCAUGUACAAGUGUGAUAUCCAGGCCACAGCUGAUGUGCUAGGUCGGAUGUACGGUGUGGUGUCCAAGCGUAAUGGUCGCAUCUUGCAAGAAGAGAUGAGAGAGGGUUCUGAUGUCUUUGAGAUUGCAGCGGUGCUUCCUGUAGCCGAGAGCUUUGGCUUCUCAGAAGACAUCCGUAAGAAGACCAGUGGCUUAGCGAGUCCACAGCUGUUCUUCAGUCACUGGGAGGUGGUGCCCGGUGAUCCUUACUGGGAGCCGUCGACAGAGGAAGAGCUGCUCCACUUUGGGGAGAAGGCUGACUACGAGAACCAAGCCAAGAAGUACAUGAACGGUGUCCGGCGACGAAAGGGACUCCGCGUGGAGGAGAAGAUCGUCGAACAUGCCGAGAAACAGCGAACACUGAGCAAGAAUAAAUAGAUGCGAUUUUCACGCUAUUGUUUGUUGAGAGCCAGAGGGUCGAACACUAUACUCAACUAUAUGAGUUAACGCUCUUCUACUUUUAACUGUAAUGACUUUCUUGCAUGAUUAGGUACAGGGUCAAUGCCAUUCUGGCUCUGAGCGGACAUUACACCCAGAGAGAAGUUUAUAUUUUAAACAGUACCGGGGGGAUGUUUCAUAAAGCUGUUCAUAAAGUUACGCAUGAAUUUACGAAUGACUUAUAUGUGAAAAGCCAAA